AUGGCUUGAACAUUUGACACAAAAGUAAAUAACAAUUUCGAAACGACAACGUGUUCAUUGUUUCAACCAGUCUUCCGAACCGGAACCAACCAGGAACAAUCUCAAACUGAAAGAAAAGAAGCUACAGCAGCGCAAAUUUACCGAUAACCUAAUUAAUUUUCAGUCAAAAUGGGAUCGGAGGAAGCCGAGCGACAGGACCGGAAGCGCUUGCUUAACAGAGUUUCGGCAAAGAGAGUCAGAGAGCGUUUGGAAGAAGAAUGUAAAAGAUUAGAGGAGGAAAUUGCGGGCGAUGAGGUUCUCCUAAAAAAUCUUGAAGCAGAGUCAGAGUCAAUAGUACUUUACAUCCAACAGCUAGAAGAAGAAUUAUUGCACCUAGGGGAAGGAGCCGUUUCGCUUCUGAAAAAGCAAGCACACUAGUUCAAGACAGUAUUUUGCAUCUGUGUGUGUACAGGUUCAGGAUAUUUCGUAAGCUUCUUCGGAGACUCUGCUCGGCAGAGUUUCAGUGGACCUAUCUCGAAAUGAAGGCUGUCUUAAAAAUAAAUUCCCUGAGUAUUGA